AUGUCGUCUCUCCAGGCUCUACAGUCCUCCCUUGAAUCCAUCAUCCUCGACCCCCAAUACAAAGCACCUCUCACCCUCGUCAAAGCCAUCCGUAAUGGCGCAGUCUACGGCACCAAAGUGCGCUUUCCCCACGCCUUGGUCAUGAUCUUCCUCUUCCGCUCCGGCACCCUGCGCGAAAAGAUCUACCUCGUCUACAAAGCCACACGCCAACACGCCAGCAAUCUCGCACGAUUCGCUCUCCUCUACAAAUCCGGCAUGCUCCUGCUCCGAAAGGCUAACUCGGGGAAAGAAGCGCCGUUCCACAGUUUCUUGUCAGGUCUUCACGGAGGCUACUGGGUGUUCGGACAUGGGAAGGGAGCAAAGAGCUCGGUGAACCAGCAAAUCGUGAUAUAUGUCUUUGCCCGCGUGGUUCUGGCUCUGGCAAAAUUGGCUGUGCAGCCUCCUGGAGAUAAUGCUCUAGUGGGCAGUUCGUACGGAGGACAUGGAGGGAAGGGACUACUAACGCUGAGCGAGGAACAGAGAGCUUUCAUCAGGCGAUACAGCUGGCCUGUAUUCGCAAGUAUGAGUUGGGCGAGUGUGAUGUGGCUGUUUGAGGGAUACCCGGAAACUUUGCAACCCAGUCUGAGGAGCAGCAUGACCUAUAUAUACGGCAACGCAGAAAAAUGGGACUCAUUACGGAACUUUGCAUGGCACAACAAAUGA